AUGACAUCUCUCGGCUUUUGGGACCUGUGGGCUUUGACCGGCUGCGGACUCUUCCUGCUCGUCCACGGGCAGCAUUCCCAGGGGGACAGCGGACGCUGGAGGCAAAUGAUCCAGUGGGAGAACAACGGCAGGGUCUACAGCCUCUUGAACACCGGCUCGGAAUACGUGCCCGCGAGCCACGUGCGGGCAGACAGCAGCGCCAGGGUCUUGUUGGCGGACACCGCCACAAGCCAAGGGAGAAGGCCCCAAGGGAACACCAGGCGACAGGCCCCCACUUUGCCCAUCAGGGCAAGUUCCGAGACCAUCCGGGGACACACACGGCAUCCGUUCGGCUUCGGACAAGUCCCAGACAACUGGCGGGAUGGGCCCACCGGAGACAGUAGCGCCAAUUCCCAACGGCCCCGGUCACCCCCCAUCCAGCAGCGACAGGUCGGGGCUGCUUCCUCCUCUUCUUCCUCCUUUGCCACUUAUGGCCAGCUCUACCCACAGGCCUCGUACCCUCAGCCCCCUUUUGUCAACCAGUACGAGAGCUACGAUGCCCAGGUGCCCCGCGGGUAUGACGAGAGCUACACCUACUAUCAGAGCACGGGAGCAGGAGGGAGUGCCGUGGCUGCAGCCGCAGCCAGUGCGGGUGUCGUGUACCCUUUCCAGCCCAGGGUGAGAUAUGAGGAUUAUGCAGAACAACAGAAUCCUUAUAGGGCUCAAGGGUACUACCCCGCCCAGGACCGAUCCUACGUGCCGGUACCCCAACAGCUUCCGGCCUCUGAUGGCCUCGACAGAAGGUAUUCCCACAGCCUCUAUCACGACACUGGAACGAGCUAUGACCAAAAUGUCCAGCAGGACCCUUAUCGCGCCACCCAGAACCAACCGGCGGUGGGGCAAGGGGUCCCCGCAGCUGACAACUUGCAUAUCGACUCUGGAUCUCCUGCGGGUACCGGUACUAGAUAUGGGAACGAGCCAUGGGUGGGGCAAUAUCCACCUUUUGGAGAAGCCCCGGCGGAGCCCUACGUUCCUCCUCGCAACGUGGAACCUCAGCCACCUUUCCGGCCCUUAGACCCCCAUGGGGUCCCUCGGCCUGAACCCUACCUUCCUAUCAGGAACGCUGAGCCUCCCCAAGCGAUCCCGGAGAACCAAGGUGUGAACCAAGCGCGGGUCAGCGUGGGCAGCAUCUACAGACCCCAUCAGAAUGGACGGGGCCUCCCAGACCUUGUGCCGGAUCCAAACUACGUUCAGGCUUCGACUUACGUCCAGAGAGCUCACCUCUACUCCCUCCGCUGCGCUGCCGAGGAGAAAUGCCUUGCGAGCACCGCUUAUACCCCUGAAGCUACAGACUACGACGUCCGAGUGCUGCUACGCUUCCCCCAGCGAGUGAAGAACCAGGGCACGGCGGAUUUCCUGCCCAACCGAGCUCGGAAUACCUGGGAGUGGCACAGCUGCCAUCAGCAUUACCACAGCAUGGACGAGUUCAGCCACUAUGACCUGCUCGACGCGGCCACAGGCAAGAAGGUGGCGGAAGGCCACAAGGCCAGCUUUUGCCUGGAAGACACCACCUGCGACUUCGGGAACCUCAAGCGCUACGCCUGCACGUCUCACACACAGGGUCUGAGCCCCGGUUGCUAUGACACGUACAACGCGGACAUCGACUGCCAGUGGAUUGACAUCACAGACGUGCAGCCGGGGAAUUAUAUCCUAAAGGUUCAGGUGAACCCCAAAUACAUCGUGAUGGAGUCCGACUUCACGAACAACGUCGUGAGAUGCAACAUCCACUACACCGGGCGCUACGUGGCCACCACCAACUGCAAAAUCUCCCAGUAA